AUGAGUGCCCCCGAGGUUCCUGACAUUCUGUGGAAGCCCCAGAGUUUGGGGGGGGUGUCCCCUGGGUGCCUCAGAGAGUUGUGGGGAGCAGGGGGGGGGAGACCUCUGCCCUUUGGUUUCUCACCGUGUUUGGGGGGGUCCCUGCCAGCCCACGGGGCUAAGCCAGGCUUUUCUCCCACAGCUGCCGGGCUUUACUACCUGGCGGAGCUGAUUGAGGAGUACACGGUUGUCACCAGGAGGAUAAUCAAGUACAUGAUCUGGUUCUCCUCGGCCGUGCUGGUUGGCCUCUACCUCUUUGAACACUUUCCGGGGUUCAUGGUGGGCGUGGGGCUCUUCACCAACCUCGUCUACUUCGGUUUGCUGCAGACCUUCCCCUUCAUCGUCCUGACGUCCUCCAACUUCAUCCUGUCCUGCGGUGAGUGGGGCCGUCGCCUUCCCCUGGGAGCAGCCGGAACCUUCGUCCCCCCCAUCACCAACGCAGGGUGGCAGCAAAAGUUUGGCUUUGGCUGGUGCAGCCCCUCCCGCUGGGGCUUUGCAAAGGACUUUGAGCUUUGUGUGGUGCUUUUUUACGCUGCGGCUGCGAUAAUUGAGGGCUGGGCCUGA